UUAAAGAUUUGCUUAAAUCAAAUUACUAUAUUUAUAUUAUAAUCAAAGUCUAGGCAGCAGCACAAGUAAAGGGCGACACACAAGAUGUUGUAUUGUCCGCCGAACAUCACGUUCAACGAGAUUUGGACCAAACAUGGCAUCUCGCACUGUUUUAUGGACACCGUGGGACCGGCGAUAUGCGGUGGCUUCCUUCUUCUCUUCGGCGGUAUCCAGAUACUGAUGUACCGCAAAUAUGCGACACCAACAGAUCCCACACAGAUCACAAAGUCCCGGCUAUAUGCUUUCCAAUUGUUUCUCCUACUCUUUGUGCCGGUGUUGGCUCUAUUGAGAUUCUUUCUCAACGCUCGUAUCUAUGCGGACAGUGCAGUUUACGGCUAUAUGAUAUUUUACACAUGCGUGAUUUGCUUCUCUUAUCCAUUUAGCAUCUGGCUCAUUGUGAAGGAGCGUCAUUAUCAGCUGCCAUCGGUACCGACACGUGGUCAUGGCCUUAUAUUAUUGCUCUUUUGGACCAUGGCAUUGAUAAAUGAGGCGCUGUCCAUAGUCAAUUUGGACCAUGAGGAUUGGUGGUUCCACUUAAAAAAUAACAAAGAUGAAAUCGAGAUGGGCAUGUUUGUUACCCGCUUCUGUUGCUCUCUGCUCAUCUUUGUGCUCGGCUUGAAGGCACCCGGCAUUAUGGCACCCUAUAAUCCGCACCAACGUCUGGAUGACUCAUCGAACGACUCAAAUGGCGGUGUGCCAACUGGCUCUGCUUUCCGCAAUGGCUGGCGCAAGCUGCGCACCCUGUUCCCAUAUCUAUGGCCAAAAAAAGAUAGGAUGCUGCAACUCGCUGUGGUCGUUUGCAUAACGUUGCUUGCUGCUGGUCGUGUUAUCAAACUGUUUCUCCCCAUUUAUCGCAAGCUGUUGGUUGACAGCCUGACUAUCGAGCCCAUUGAGUUUCGCUGGGACUUUGUGCUUAUGUAUGUUACUCUAUCGUUCCUGCAGGGCGGCGGCACUGGCGGCAUGGGCUUGUUCAACAAUCUGCGAACUUUCUUGUGGAUUCGCGUGCAGCAAUACACGACGCGGGAGAUUGAGAUUGAUCUGUUCAGGCAUCUGCAUCAACUAUCGUUGAGAUGGCAUUUGCAGCGCAAGACAGGCGAAGUGCUGCGCAUCAUGGAUCGCGGCACAGACUCAAUUAACAAUCUACUCAACUAUAUUGUAUUCUCCAUAACACCUACCAUACUUGAUCUGAUAGUGGCUGUCGUGUAUUUCAUUUAUGCCUUCAACUGGUGGUUUGGUUUGAUCGUUUUUCUCACCAUGUUCUUGUAUAUAGCUUCCACAAUUGCUAUCACGGAAUGGCGGACUAAAUACCAAAGGCGAAUGAAUCUGGCAGACAAUGAGCAGCGCGCUCGAAGUGUAGACUCCCUGUUGAACUUUGAGACAGUGAAAUACUAUGGAGCCGAGAGUUAUGAGGUGGAUUGCUACAGAGAGGCCAUAUUGAAGUAUCAAAAAGAGGAGUUCCUCUCCAUGGUCACACUCAACCUGCUCAACACCGCUCAGAAUAUUAUACUCUGUUUGGGCUUGCUCUCUGGCUCACUGCUAUGUGUGUAUUUGGUGGUGCAUCAUCAGACCCUGACAGUGGGUGACUUUGUGCUCUUUUCCACGUAUCUCAUGGACUUGUACAUGCCGUUGAACUGGUUUGGCACAUAUUAUCGUGCCAUACAAAAGAAUUUCGUGGACAUGGAAAACAUGUUUGAUCUGCUGCGUGAGGAUGAGGAAAUCGUGGAUGCGCCUGGCUGCGCACCACUGCUAACUGCUGGCGGCGCAAUCGAGUUUUCAAAUGUUACAUUUGGCUACACGCCCGAUAAGCUGGUGCUUCGCAAUGUUAACUUCACUGUACCGGCAGGCAAGACAAUUGCCAUUGUAGGACCUUCCGGCGCCGGCAAGAGUACCAUAAUGCGAUUACUAUUCCGUUUCUAUGAUGUGCAAUCGGGCUCUAUCUCAAUAGACGGACAGAACAUCAAGCUUGUUCAACAGCAAAGUCUACGAAAAGCAAUUGGUGUUGUUCCCCAGGAUACUGUAUUAUUUAACAACACUAUUUACUACAACAUUGAAUAUGCCAAGAUAGGCGCCAGUGCUGAUGCAGUCUAUGAGGCUGCGCGCUCAGCGGACAUACACGAGAGAAUAUUGAGCUUCCCAGAUAGAUACGAGACAAAAGUGGGUGAGAGAGGACUGCGACUCAGUGGCGGCGAAAAGCAACGCGUGGCCAUCGCCCGAACACUUCUGAAGGCUCCGAUUAUAGUGCUGCUGGAUGAGGCUACUUCUGCGUUGGACACGCGCACAGAGCGUAACAUACAGGCUGCAUUGGCACGCGUAUGCACCAAUCGCACAACAAUUAUCGUUGCACACCGCUUGUCCACCAUCAUCCAUGCAGAUGAAAUAUUGGUGCUAAAGGAGGGCACCAUUGUGGAGCGUGGCAGACACGAGGAGCUGUUGCAAAGAGAUGACGGCGUUUAUGCAGAUAUGUGGCAGCAGCAGCUGAAAAACUUGGAUGCCGAACAGAAUGCGAACAACAGCUCAGAGUCUAUUGCAGCAGAGGGAACUUCAGCGGCGACUAGUGAAACAGCUGGACGACCACAAGUGCCGUCAACUUCGGGCAGUGGUGCUAUUCUUAGAUCGGGACACGGACAUGGAGGAGGGCACUAAGCGUUGGACAUUAAAAUAUAGAUAUUAAGCCUAACUUUGAUUAUUUUUGUUAAAUGUGAUUUGUGGUAUUUGUUGUAUAUGAACUGCAUGUCUGAUUCCUAGUUCUUGUCUACUUUACUGUAAAAAUAGAAACAUGAUAAUAAUUUUUAUAAACUUAAAA